AUAGUUUUGUAAAGAUCUGAUAAUCGGCUAUUAAGUUUCUUGCAUUUCUUCUUUGUUUAAAGAUUCUGAAUCGGAAUAGUCUUCUUAAUGAUUUAUCUUAGUCUCUUGAUAUUGUUGGUAAUCUGAAAUGAGAUCUGCAAGGUUUGAUCUUGCUUCUACAAACUCCAUUUCAUCCAUUCCGUCCAUUCCAAAAGUUGAUUUCCCAAAAAUCCCAGAAUAAAGAAAUGCUUUUCUCUUGAACAUCAUAUCGAAUUGGGCUCCAAUUCUGCAGAAAAAUUUCCUAAUUUGAAGUAGAGUUAGCAAUCACUGCUCCUGAAAGUUUAACAUUUUUCGCAGGAAUAUUUGAUCAUUCUGAUUUGAUGCUACAUUGAGUAAAAUUAGGCGAUAUUUUAGACUUCAUUCGUUCAAGUUCGUAAUGAACAUCUCUGAGAGAAUUCCGACUCCUCAGCAUUGUAAAUGCUGUGAAGUAUUUCCCACGGCUAGGAUCAACAGCUCACAUCAUAUUUCUGGGAUCGAAAAUUUGUUCAAUGAUUUCUGAGGUGAACAAUGCUUCGUAUUGUAUUUAAUCUUUCUGUGUUAAAGAGGCAAGUCCAGUCAAAAAGAAAUGAAAUUUGUUAAAGGGAACCAAGUUUGUAAGCAUACUUCUUAAAUGUGUAUUUAGUUUUCCAUCAAAUCGAAACUAAGCAGUCACUUCAAACAUAGAAGAUGAUAUAAGAUGGUUGGUGUCUCAGUAAUUUGGAGAUUUUAGCUUCAAGAAAUUUAGGCAAAUUUUCUUAUAUUGCUUCGUUAUCGUAGGCUGUGACUCCAUCUGCAUAUUCAAUCAGAAGAUUCAUAGCUAAGACAGAAUUGUAAGGCUCGACGACUCAGUCAGAUACUUUUGGAGAUGGAAAACGGUAAAUGUUUGUAUUGGGUAGUCAGAAUACUCUUCCUUUUAAUUUUAAAGCAACUGGAGUUCCUAACCCAGAUCCAGUUCCUCCUCUUAUUGAGUGAGAAAGUUGAAAGCCUUGUAAGCUAUCACAUCCUUCGACCUCUUCUCUGAUAGCUUCAAGGAUAGAAUCUACCAUCUCAGCUCCUUCACUAUAGUUUCCUUUUGCAAAAGAAUUUCCUGUACUUGUAUUUUCAGAUACUAUAUUAUCAGGCUUAAAAAGGGUUCCAAGAGAUCCAAAUUUUAUUGAAUUCUGAGCUGAGGGCUCCAUAUCAACUAGAACCAUUCUAGGCACAUACUUUCCACCCUCAAUUUCACUAAAAGUAUAUAAACACAAUCCAAAUCUCUUCCAAUACCCCAAAAAUAUCCUUGGGAAUCAAUUCCAUGCUCAUAUCACAACUUCUCCAAAAAGCUAGCUCCCACACCAUCCUUUCUACAAGCUCACAAUCUCUCUCAUCUCCUUCCUCAAUCUAAAUCCAAACUCAAUAACCCAUCCCUAAAACUCUCAGUUCCCACACAAGCUACAGUAACACCCGAUCUCUG